CCGCUCCCCCCCCCCCCCCCCGCUGCCCGCCGGAUUUGUAGGAGUUUCCGAUGCCUUCUGCGUGUGUGAGGAUGUUCUGGCUGCUUUUGUGCCUGCCUGUCUGUUCCUUGGCUCAGCGCUCAGAACCCAUGUUCUCAGCCAUAACCAAGACCGUUCUUCCCCCGGACUUCGAAAACAACCCCACUCAGCUCAACUACGGGGUGGCCGUCACCGACGUAGACGGGGAUGGGGACCUGGAGAUAUUCGUAGCGGGCUACAACGGCCCAAACCUGGUGCUAAAGUACGACAAGCACCAGAAAAGGCUUGUCAACAUCGCUGUCGACGACCGCAGUUCCCCAUUCUACGCCCUCAGAGAUCGUCAGGGCAACGCCAUCGGAGUGACAGCAUGUGACAUAGAUGGGGAUGGACGGGAGGAGAUUUAUGUACUUAACACCAAUAACGCUUUCUCUGGUCGGGCGACAUAUUCUGACAAGCUGUUCAAGUUCCGCAACGGACGCUUUGAGGAUCUGCUGAACGAUGAUAUCAAUGAGCACCGGGACGUGGCCAACCCGAUGGCCGGGCGCUCAGUGGCCUGCGUGGACAGAAAGGGCACGGGGCGGUAUGCUAUCUACAUCGCUAACUAUGCCAGCGGGGACGUGGGUCCUCACGCUCUCAUUGAAAUGGACGAGGCAGCCAGUGACCUUUCGCAAGGCGUCGUCGCCCUCUCCAAUGUGGCCGAGCAAGCCGGAGUCAACAAGUUAAUUGGGGGAAGAGGUGUUGUGGUGGGGCCCAUCGUCAGUCAAACUCUGUCGGACGUCUUUUGCGACAAUGAGUACGGAUCCAACUUUCUGUUCAGGAAUAAUGGAGAUGGGACUUUUACUGAUGUGGCACAGCAGGCUGGUGUUGAAGACCCCAUGCAGCAUGGAAGAGGGGUGGCUCUGGCAGACUUUAACCGAGACGGCAGGACGGACAUCGACAUAGCCUCUCAGAAGUUUUCCAUGCCGUCCCCGGUCCGAACCGUCAUCGCUGCGGACUUCGACAAUGACAAUGAGCUGGAGGUCUUCUUCAAUAACAUCGCCUACAGAGGCCCCUCUGCCAACAGGCUCUUUAGGGUGAGCAGGAGAGAACAUGGGGACCCACAAAUAGAAGAGUUAAACACGGGGGAGGCUGCAGAGCCCGAAGGACGAGGAACCGGAGCUGUAGUGACUGAUUUUGAUGGGGACGGGCGUCUGGAGCUGCUGGUGUCUCACGGGGAGAGCGCAGCUCAGCCGCUCUCUGUGUACAAAGUCAACCAAGGCCUCACUAACUCAUGGCUGCGAGUGAUUCCUCGGACCAAGUUUGGUGCUUUUGCCAGGGGAGCUAAAGUGGUGGUGUACACGAAGAAGAGCGGCCCACACACACGGAUUAUCGAUGGGGGCUCAGGAUACCUGUGUGAGAUGGAGCCCGUUGCCCACUUUGGCCUUGGUAAGGACGUGGCCACCAAUGUUGAAGUGUACUGGCCAGAUGGCCACUCAGUAGCCCGGCCGCUGGACCCUUCAGAGAUAAACUCUGUGCUCGAGAUCCAUUACCCAAGAGAGGAGGAUGAAGUUACUCCUACAGUUGAAAUAGAGUGUGGUCAUGGGUUUGCUCUGAAUGAAAAUGGCCGUUGCACAGAUAAAGAUGAGUGUACCCAGUUCCCCUCUGUGUGCCCCCCCGACCGCCCUGUGUGCACCAACACCUAUGGCAGCUAUAAGUGUCGCGCCAAGAGGAGAUGCAACCAGGGCUUUGAGCCCAACGAUGAUGGGUCAGCCUGUGUGGCCCAGGUGGCUUACUUUGGGGGGACGCUAUCUUCUGGGGAACGUUGCACUUUCCACGGUCUUUCUUUCUCUGUGGUCCUCCUCACCUCCACCUAUCUGCAGACAGGACUGCUGUAG